AUGGUCAACGCGUCUAUUGCAAAGCAAAACUUUUCGACUGAGGCCGAAGAUGUCAUCAACAGCCAAAUCCAAAUAGAUCAAAUUGCCCAACAACAAUACCUUUCGACUGCAGCAUACUUUGGGCGUGACGAUAUUGCUCUCCCUGGGUUGGAAAAGCACUUUUUAGAGCAAGCUGAACGUGAAGGUGAACGUGUACAACUUUUGAUUGAUUAUCAGGAGACGCGUGGUGGGGUUGCCUUGAUCAAAGAUGUUCCUCAACCCAAAGCUGAAUAUGGGACUGCAAACAUAGCUAUUGAGGCCAGCCUUGUUCUUGAGAAGGAGGUGAACGAGUCACUUUUGAACAUGACGCGUGUUGCCAUUAAUUCAGACGAUCGAGAAUUCAAACACUACUUGAAGAGCAAGCAUUUGACGGAACGUGUGAAUGCAAUUGAAAAAGUGUGCAAGGGAUUGACUCAAUUACAACGUACCAAAGGUGAAGGGCUUGGAUUGCAUCUCUUUGAUCAAGCAAUCUACCACAAUGAUGGCGAAUUUACUGUUGGAAAGUGA